AGGGAGUCACGGGACGGGGGCUGCCCGCAGCAGCCUAUGCCAGGGCCCGGCUGCCGCUAGGUGGUGCCGGUGGCCGGAGGGCGCGGGGCUCGGCCUGGGGCUGGGCCGCAGGACACGGCGGGGCCGAGCGGGGCUUUGGGACAGAGAGGGGGAGCGGUCCCCCGGCAAGGAGCGAACCCGGAGGUUUCAGCGCUGCUCCGCCGCACCGGGGCCCGGCACAGGCAGCCCCAACCACGGGGCAGCAGCGGACCCCGCUGCCAUGGCAACGGCCCGGCCCCGCCCCCGCUGCCAUAGCGACGCUCAGGUCCCGCCCUCAGCGCUCGAUGCACAGCAGGCAUCGCUCUAUCUCCGCCGCUGUGUGGUGCGCCGGGCCCCAUUCCCGUCCCCGCGACUCCCACCCCAUCUCGGUCCCAAUCCCGGUCCCGGUCUCGGCCCUGGUCCCGAGGACUAUCGCGACACCCAGCCUCCCAGUCGCGAUUAGUUCUGGCGGAAGGGGGCGGCCCCACUUCCGGCUGUGGCCGCGGCCCACUUCCGCCCUGAGCCGCCGGGGCGUGUCUGGCCGCGGCGCCUCCCGCGCUCUAUGGUCCCCACCGUUCCCAGGCUCCUCAGCGGCGGCAGCGGCCGGAGCCGGGAGGAGCUCGGCGGCGGCGGGGGCCUGCCGUGCCCUGCCCGCGCCCUUGGCGGCGGCGGCCAUGGAGCUGGAGGUGCCCGAGGAGGCGGAGGGCCCGGCCGUGGCUGGGGCCGGCGCCAUCACCCCGGAGGCCGGCGUCUGGCACCGAAGAAAGCAGCCGUCACCGAGGGCCCGUCACUACCAGGACAGCCUGGCCAAGGAAAGAAGAUUGGUCAUCGGAGCGUCGAUGCUUCCGGAGAAACCACCUACAAAAAGACCACUUCCUCCACGCUGAAGGGGGCCAUCCAGCUGGGGAUCGGGUACACGGUCGGCAACCUGAGCUCCAAGCCAGAGAGAGAUGUCCUGAUGCAGGACUUCUACGUGGUGGAGAGCAUUUUCUUCCCGAGUGAAGGAAGUAAUCUCACCCCAGCUCACCAUUAUGCCGACUUCAGGUUCAAAACCUAUGCACCAGUGGCUUUUCGAUACUUCCGAGAACUCUUUGGGAUUCGUCCAGAUGAUUAUUUGUACUCGUUAUGUAACGAGCCCCUGAUAGAGCUGUCAAACCCUGGUGCCAGCGGCUCCCUCUUCUAUGUCACCAGCGACGAUGAAUUCAUCAUAAAAACUGUGAUGCACAAGGAAGCUGAAUUCCUCCAGAAGCUCCUUCCGGGCUACUACAUGAACCUGAACCAGAACCCACGGACGCUGCUGCCAAAGUUUUAUGGACUGUACUGUGUGCAAUCGGGGGGCAAAAAUAUCCGCGUGGUCGUGAUGAACAACAUUCUGCCUCGCGUGGUGAAGAUGCACCUGAAGUUCGACCUGAAAGGCUCAACCUAUAAACGCCGGGCAUCCAAGAAGGAGAAAGAAAAGUCCAGCCCCACGUUCAAAGACCUGGACUUCAUUCAAGACAUGCCCGAGGGCCUGAUGUUGGAUGCAGACACCUUCAGUGCGUUGGUGAAGACGUUGCAGCGAGACUGUCUGGUGUUGGAAAGCUUUAAAAUCAUGGACUACAGCCUGCUGCUUGGCGUCCAUAACAUAGACCAGCAAGAACGGGAGCGGCAGUCCGAGGGAGCGCACAGCACGUCGGAUGAGAAGCGUCCCGUGGGGCAAAAGGCACUUUACUCCACAGCCAUGGAGUCCAUCCAGGGUGGGGCUGCCCGGGGGGAGUCCAUAGACACAGACGACACGAUGGGAGGAAUCCCGGCAGUGAAUGGCAAAGGAGAGCGUCUCCUGCUACACGUAGGAAUAAUAGAUAUUCUUCAGUCGUACAGGUUCAUCAAGAAGCUGGAACAUACCUGGAAGGCCCUUGUCCACGAUGGGGACACGGUGUCAGUACACAGACCCAGCUUCUAUGCAGAGAGAUUCUUCAAAUUCAUGACCAACACGGUGUUCCGAAAGAAUUCCUCUCUAAAGUCAUCUCCCUCAAAGAAAGGGCGUAGUGCCUUGCUGGCUGUCAAGACGCCUGGUCCAACAGCUGCGUUCUCAGCUAGCCAGCUCCCCUCUGAGAAGGACGAAACGCAGUACGACCUCCGCACAGCCAGGAGCUAUCCCACCCUUGAUGACGAAGCAGGCAGACCAGACCUGCUCCCCUGCACACCUCCUUCCUUUGAAGAAGCUACCACGGCCUCCAUAGCCACAACGCUCUCUUCAACAUCUCUCUCUGUUCCUGAGCGAUCCCCUUCGGAGACAUCAGAGCAGCCUAGGUACAGGAGACGCACGCACUCCUCAGGGCAGGAUGGCAGGUCACACGAGGAGGUGCGAGUUGAAGAGGAGCUUCAGCAGAUCAGUGUAGAGCUGGAGCCCAAGUGUGACGUUGAGAUCGUAGCUCCCGAAGAAGACGACAAGGAAGAAGCGGCUUCUUCAGCCUGUGCCAUUGUAAUGUCCACAGCUACAAUAGAGGUGGAGACGGCCAGCCAGGCCUCCGAACCAGCCAGCCAGGCCUCGGAUGAAGAUGACGUGCCAGUCACAGACAUAUACUUUGCAGUUGCAUUAGGUGAUGCAGUGGAAGUCUAGUACUGAGACAGGGAGUAAGUGAGGUGGUUGCUGUUGGCAGCAGAGUGCCGUGGAGCCUGGGGCUGUGUUCCUCAGCCAGCUUCCACAACGUCUGAGCAGCUUCUGCAGAAUGGAGAGGAGUUUUUAGGAACGUGUGCCUGCUCUGUGGAUUCCCAGAGUGGAGCUGAGGGUCUGACCCCUGGCAGCUCUCCCCCAUGUCCUGGCACUGGAACCUUUCCAUUAAAAGAGGUGCUCUGCUCCAACUUGCAUGGCGAUGGAGAUGAGCUGUGCCCUGUGAGCUCCUUCAGGCUACCCUGAAAAUGGCAACAUUUGGCUCUCCCUCUGCUCGUGUGGCUCUGCUGCAGAGCUGCUCACUCGUUGCCGAGUCUUUUGGAGGCUCCUGGGAGCUGCAGAAGGAAUCAAUUUUACAAGCUUGUCUGUUUGGGUUUUUGUGCAUGCUGUUCAAAAUGCAAACAGCUCCCUCUAACACUGGCUGCUCUUUCUUUGCCUGUGGAUGGCAGCUGUGUGCAGGCUGCCUGCAGAUACUGCCUGUUCCACUGGCAAAUGUCUCCUAGCAAGGGGCAGCUCCCUUCCUCCCUGUCCAUGGGCACGUGGACUCCCCCCAACUUCCACGGGGCUCUUCUCUAUCCAGAAGAAACCAUUUGUGUGCAGUGUGUGCCCACAGAGAGCCCGACUGACUCAUCAGCAUUUCAUACUCAUCUGAGUCCUUGAGUUUUGCAUUAAAUGUGUGUUGUGUGCUGUGGA